CCCGUGGUGGGCAACUUCGGCUUCGUGCUGCUGCCGCCUUUCCUGCGACGGAAGAGCUGGCCGUACCGCCGGGCGAAGGCCGGGGGACUGAACCUCUCGGGCCUGGGCGCGCAGUUGCUUCUGGCCGAGAUGGCCCAUAAGUACGGCAACAUCUGCAGCUUCUUCAUCGGCCACUACCUGGUGGUGGUCCUCAACGACUUCCACAGCGUGCGCGAGGCGCUGGUGCAGCAGGCCGAGGUCUUCAGCGACCGCCCGCGGGUGCCGCUCGUCUCCAUCAUGACCAAGGGGAAGGGGAUUGUAUUUGCACAUUAUGGUCCAGUCUGGAAACAACAGAGGAAGUUCUCUCAUUCAACUCUUCGUCAUUUUGGCUUGGGAAAGCUUAGCUUGGAGCCCAAGAUUAUUGAGGAGUUCAAAUAUGUGAAAGAGGAAAUGCAGAAGCAUGGAGAAGACCCCUUCAAUCCUUUCCCCAUUGUCAACAAUGCCGUCUCUAACAUCAUUUGCUCUUUAUGUUUUGGCCAGCGCUUUGAUUACACCAAUAGUGAGUUUAAGAAAAUGCUUAAUUUUACGUCACGAGCGUUAGAAAUCUGUCUGAACAACCAGCUCCUCCUGGUCAACAUAUGCUCCUGGCUUUAUUACCUUCCUUUUGGACCAUUUAAGGAAUUAAGACAGAUUGAAAAGGAUUUAACCACUUUCCUUAAAAAAAUCAUCAAAGACCAUCGAGAGUCUUUGGAUGCAGAGAACCCUCAGGACUUCAUAGACAUGUACCUUCUCCACGUGGUGGAAGAGAGCAAAAAUAAUAGCAACAGCAGUUUUGAUGAAGAUUACUUAUUUUAUAUCAUCGGAGAUCUCUUCAUUGCUGGGACUGAUACCACAACUAACUCUUUGCUUUGGUGCCUUCUGUAUAUGUCACUGAACCCUGACAUCCAAGAAAAGGUUCAUGAAGAAAUCGAAAGGGUCAUUGGUGCCGACCGCGCCCCUUCCCUCACUGACAAGGCCAAGAUGCCCUACACAGAGGCCACCAUCAUGGAGGUGCAGAGGCUGAAUGCUGUGGUGCCGCUCUCCAUUCCUCACAUGACCUCAGAGAAAACAGUGCUCCAAGGGUAUACCAUUCCUAAAGGCACGAUAAUAUUACCCAACUUGUGGUCAGUACAUAGAGACCCCACCGUUUGGGAGAAACCAGAUGAUUUCUACCCCAGUAGAUUUCUGGAUGAUCAAGGACAAGUUAUUAAAAAAGAAACAUUUAUUCCUUUUGGGAUAGGGAAGCGGGUGUGUAUGGGAGAGCAACUGGCAAAGAUGGAAUUAUUCCUGAUGUUCGUGAGCCUAAUGCAGAGUUUCACAUUUGCUUUGCCUAAGGACUCAAAGAAGCCAAUUUUGACUGGAAAAUAUGGUCUGACUUUAGCCCCACAUCCAUUUAAUAUAAUCAUUUCAAAGAGAUAAAAUAUAAUCAUUUCAAUCAUUUCUUCUCUCCAAGAAGAGAUGGUGCACAGAAUGUAAAUACAUGUCCUUCUAAGCUGGUUCUUCCUCCUGUAAUUGACAGCAGAUCCAGAAACUCUGCGGAUCUAGGUUAGGCUCAGAUCAGAGGGAGACUGGAAAGAGGAUAGUGCGUGGGAGCUUCCAUCUUGGAGGAAUGAUUCCUCAGCAGGAUACUCCAGCCGUCUCAGUCAUGCGUGUGACUCGUGGGGACAAAGUCUAGGCCGGGGAAGCAGGGCAUCUGGAUUUUUAUCCCCAGUGGCUUCCACCAGUGAGCAUGUCUUCUCCUCCCUCAGUGCCUCAGUCAUCCCAUGGGUAAAGUGAGGGUCACAAAAUUUGCCUUCUCUCUAUAUCUCAGCAUGAAUGAAGGUCAAACGCCCCGUGUCUUUUCUGACAUCACCAGAACACUGUUUACUUCUGCAGAACAAAUUCAGGAGAAGAAGGGAGACUACCUGUUUGAGACCCUUGAUGACAUGAAAGUGGUAUUCAGACCUGGAUGCUUUGUCAGGGGAGAAUGUGGGUUUAGGGGACCGUGAGUUAGAGCUUUUCUUGGCACAGAUCAUAUGUCGGUUUUGGGAGGGCUCGUUCUGUUAUUGUUAUCUUUUUGUUUAUGAUUUUGGUUUUUACUUUUUGUAGGCAUGAGAUGAAGUGGACCCCUGUUCAGUAUAUUGAGGAAAGGUUAUUGUGUGAACUUAUGUGCCUGUCCUCUAUUUUAACUGCAUGACCAGUGAGCCUGGCUGAAGAAGUGACUUCGUCGCAGAAUUCCUUUCUGCUGAGCUUACUGCAGUGAUGGACCUCUAGCUUUUGAUUUGAGCUUUGAAUAGUGAGCUGGGGAAUUUUGACACUUGGGAUUCAUUAGGAAAGGAUUCAAACUGUACCGAACAUUCCUUUCCUGUUCUCUGCCACCAGGCCUAGUGUAUCUCAUCCCUGAAGACUCUUAAAGACAGGAAGGCAUUCUUAUUCGUAUUAAGAGAACUAAAUGAUUUCUUAAUAAAUAAGCUCCCUCUAUAAGAGCAGUUCUCAUAAAAGGUAAUGACCUUUCUCAGGGAGUGUUUGGAAAUAUGUGGGUGUGUUUUUGAUUAUUGCAAUGAUUAGGGUGCUGUUGGUCUUUCUGCUGCCAUGAGGCCAGGAUGCUAAAUGUCUGAGCAGUCCUAGACAAUGAAGAACUCACCCAGUAUACCAGUAUUUCCUCCAGUAAGGUCAUGCUCUGAAAACAGCCAGCCCUUUCCUUUAUUCUUCUAGAAUAUUCCUUUUAGAGAAGGAAUCGUGAUAAUAACGUGAGCAACUAUACUUCUGAGCCUUUCCUCAUUGCUGGCACCAUACUUAAUGCUUUACUCGUGUACUUACAUGAUUCUUACAGAAAGUCUGGUAAGAGGGUGCCAUGGUGUAGCUGAUGAAGCUGAGGCUUAGGAGUUAAAGCACGUGGUUGAGAAGCACCACUGCCUAUUUCAGACCUACCAGUCUUUGUGACUGGAGAGUUCUUCCCGCACCACUUCUCUCUGCUGCCACCCCCUGAGCUCAGCAGUCUCCCCCUCUGCAUUUUCAAUAUAGAUAAAUGAGAUACAGGCCAAUCCUGAGGUGCCUUGAGGAGUUUUGUUAAUUAAUAAAUGAAAUGCCCAGGCACUGUGAGUGAAUGGAGAGGUUGUUGUCUAGAUCUUAGACAGAUGGUGCCUGUGUGGAUUACCAUGUGCCUUAGCAGGGCAGUCUGUCCUGAUCUGGAAUUUCAUAUGCUUUGGAACUGCAUUAAUGACUUUGCGUUAGCAGGUUUAUUACUCCUCGAUUUAUAUGUUUAUUUUCAUUACUCCUAACCAAACAGUUGUAGCUAACUUGAGGAAGACAACUCUUCCGUGAGAUUAUGUUGAAAUCAGAUGUUUAUUAAACUUUUCAAUAUAAUGCCUUAAAAACUGUAGCACUUUACAAACAUCUCUAUAUAGCAGAUCACUGAAAGGACGGUUAAUGCUUUCUUUGUACAUGUUGAUGUUUUAUGAUUUUGUACUUUAUGAUUUAUUUGAAAUAUAAAAAUAAUAGUACUUUAUUUUGUAAGUCUGCCUAAUAUCUACCUUUUAGUCAUCUUUAGCAUAAUUUGUGAUGCUUUUAUUAAACUUUUAAUUUUAAAUGAGAUAGUGUCAUGUCUGGUUUUGGGGGUUUUGUUUUUGCUAAACAAAAUUCUGUUUUGCCAGAUGUCAAGUUAGGAAAUGGAAGAGGGAAUAGCCCUCCAAAAAGAGCCACAGAUAUACAAGAAUGAUCUCUGCACAGGAGGAUAAUUCUCUCAAUAUACCCUCUCAGAGCACAGUUACUCUCAGGACUGUAUCACAGCCCACGUUUCUUAUCUCUCACAUCAAAGUCCAGCAUUAUUUGAGGGAGUGAUGAAUCUACACAAGCCCAUUGGGGCAAUGUGUCUAGUGCUUGUCUCUGCAACACUUCUUAGCUCAGGAAGAAGAGUUUUUUAACCACCUGAACCUACGGAUUUUUCCUAGCGGUAAGCCGACUCCAGCUUGUUCCAUGGCCCAGUCUUCCUCCUGCAGGUCACAGCUCAGAGGUCACCUCCGCAGGGCAGGCUUCCACUAAUGCCUUAUCUAAAGUGGCCUUUCCUGAGAACUCUCUGCUAUAAACUGUUUGUGCCCCCCAGAAUUCAUUUAUUGAAACCUAGUCCCUAAUAUAAUAGUAGUUGGAGGUGGGACCUUUGGGAGAUGAUUGUCGUAAGAGUUGAGCCUUCAUAAAUGGGAUUAGGGUCCUUAUAAAAGAGACCCCAGAAAGCUCCCUUGCCCUUUCUGCCUUUGUGAGAAUGCAGUGUGAAGACGGCCACCCACGAACCAGGAAGUGGGCUCUCACAAGACACUGAAUCUGCUGACGCCUUGAUUUUGGACUUCUGGCCUCCAGAAUGCGGCUGCCUGCUCCCUAAAGCCUGCGGCCAGCUGGGCCACGGACGGGGCGCCGAGUCGUCCACGUUGGCUUUGGUCUGUGCCGGCCUUUCCUCCAUGUCCUUGGGGCCAGCUCGGCGGCGGCUGCGCAGACUCCUUGCUCUUGCUCUUGCUCUUUCCUGGGGCUCACGAUCCCGCCUCUCCGCUCGGUUCCCGCCCGGGCCGGUUCGGCUGCGACAGCCCAUUUCUAAUUCUAAAAGAUGACACUAAACCGGGAAACCCCACCAGUGGAAACUGUUCUCCCGUCAUACUCUGUUUGGCAGCAUUUGUCCUCCUCAUAUUUUUUUCCAGUUUGAGUUUGUUGCUUAGCAAACUCUUCCCACCUGAUCUGCAGAGGUUUGUAGUGAGUUGUCAGUUAUAGUUUUUGAAGGAUGUCUUCCAAGGAUAUUUAAAUCCUUUAUGUGGUUUCCUUGAACACAAACAUAAUGUUCAUGGAAAGCCAGUGCCUAAACAUAAAAAUAAAAAUAAAAAUAAAUUAACUAAAACCUCAAAAAGCUGUUAUUUUUCAAGAGGGACAGAAUGACAGAUGGUAACUGAAUGCCAUACCUGCCCCUAGAUUGGAUUCAGUAGUAGAAGGAAAAAAAACUAUAAAGGGCAUUAUUGUAUUAAUUAACUAAAUUGGAAUAUGGUUGAUCAACUGAAUAGAAAUGUAUCAACCUUAAAUUUACUUAAGUUGAUUACUAUGGUUAUGUAACAGACACACCCUAUUCCUAGGAAAUAUGCACCAAAGUAUCAUAAAGGAUCAUGAUGUGUAUAGUUUACCCUCUAGUGGUUCAGAAAUUAUUCAUAUAUAUAAUCUAUUUUAUCUGUUAUAGGUAGAUAUAGACAAUAGAUAAAGAUAAAACGAAUGAUAAAGCAAAUUUGAUAAAAUGUUACAAUAGGUAAACGUGGAUAAGGGGUAUAUGGGUUUCUUGGCACUGUUCUUGCAAUUUUUCUAUAAGUACAAUUACUUCAAAAUAAAAAGUUGAAAAAAA